AUGACAUUCGUCCGUGUCGCCGCCCGCCGGCUGCCGCUGGCAAAGCGACUGGUUUCCGCUGUUGAGUCACCGCUGCAGCGCCGGUAUGCCUCUGCGGUUGCAGGAGCCCAGGAUGCAUUGAUCACACCUGACCCUGCCGCCGACUCCGUCUCCGUCGCCUUUGUCAAUGAGCGCGCCCCGUACCUCGUCCCUACCUAUGUUCGACCCAACCCGAUCAUGGUCAAGGGCAAGGGAAGCUACCUGUGGGACAUGGAGAACAGGCGAUACCUCGACCUCACAGCCGGAAUUGCCGUCAACUCUCUCGGCCACUGCGACCCCGAAAUUUCCAAGAUCAUCGCCGAGCAGGCGGAAACCCUCCUGCACGCCUCGAACCUGUACCACAAUGCCUGGGUCGGAGCGCUGAGCAAGGAUCUCAUCACACUCACCCGCGAGUCCGGCGCCAUGCGCGACGCUGCGCAGGUUUUCAUCGCCAACUCUGGCACGGAAGCCAACGAGGCUGCUAUCAAGUUUGCCCGUAAGACCGGCCGCGCCCGCGACCCCUCCGGCGCAAAGCACGAGAUUGUCUCCUUCCACAACUCCUUCCACGGCCGCACGAUGGGUGCGCUCUCCGCGACACCCAAUCCGAAAUACCAGACUCCCUUCUCGCCUAUGCUCCCUGGAUUCAAGUACGGGAAAUACAACGACGUCGCGCAGCUGCAGGAGCUUGUCACCGAUAAGACCUGCGGCGUCAUCGUCGAACCCAUUCAAGGCGAAGGCGGCGUCCACGUCGCGAGCCCAGAGUUCCUUGCCGCCCUCCGCAAGCGCUGCGAUGAGGUCGGUGCCGUGCUCAUCUUCGACGAGAUUCAAUGCGGUCUCGCCCGCACAGGCAGCUUCUGGGCACACGCCCACCCCUCCCUGAAACCCGAGAACGGCGAGUCCGCUCACCCAGAUAUCCUCACCACCGCGAAGGCUCUCGGAAACGGCAUCCCCAUCGGCGCAACAAUCGUCUCGGGCAAGACAGUCGCAGACAACAUCAAAGCCGGCGACCACGGCACCACCUUCGGCGGAAACCCUCUCGCCUGCCGCGUCGCACACCACAUCAUCCACCGCCUCGCCGACCCAGCCCUCCAGAAAUCCGUCCAAUCCAAAUCCGCUCUCCUGGUCGAGGGCUUCGCCGCGCUGAAGAAGAAGUAUCCGGACCUCGUCUCUGAAGUCCGCGGCCGCGGUCUUAUCCUCGGUCUGCAGCUUUCGGAGAGCUUCGCGCCCAGGGCUGCGGAGAUCGUCACUGCUGCGCGGGAACGCGGCAUGCUGAUUAUCACUGCAGGUGAGGGGUGCCUGCGGUUUGUGCCUCCAUUGACGAUUACCGAGGAGCAGUUGCGUACUGCUUUGCGGAUUCUCGAGCAGGCGUUUCAGGCCGUUGCAAAGGCAUAA